AUGGCUCAUAGUUUUGAACAUGCGAUUUUGGCAACUUUUGAGGUUGUUGAAAAUUUUCUAGAAAAAUCUGGAAUAACACAAUUAUUGUAUGGCAUUUCUUCAAGGGCGGAAUUGUUUUACAUAUUUGCCAAAACAUCCAUAUCUAGUGAAGCAGAUUCCAUUUCUCCUAAUGAAGCGGAUUCUACCUCUCCUACCUUUCAUGGUGCAAUGACAGUUUUUAACUCUACCUCUCAUAGUGAAAUGACAGUUCCUACCUCCCUCAGUGACUUUGAGACAGAAGGACUGAAAAAAUAUUGUCAAUUUUUGGGUCUUAUUUGUACAUUUGUAGCGAAUUUAGGUGUAGUAUUUGGUCCCGUGCUGCGCACUUUUGCUGACAUUAGAUUUUGCGGACAACAAAAACAUCCAAGAAAACAAAGACGAGUACCCAGCGGUGAAUAUGAUGGAGAGCAUAUGCCCUGGCCCAAUCUUAUAAUAGAGGUUGCUUAUUCCCAAAGUGAGUCAGACCUUAAGAAUGAAAUAGAGAAAUACUGGCUCCUUCCAAAUCGGGUUCACGAUGCAAUUGCCAUUAAACUAAACUGUACAUCAGAUAAUAUAAUUCCAACGGAGAACAGUCGUUGGUGCACUUGCUCCCAUAAUGUUUGGAACUAUAAACUGACAUGGCAAUCCGAUUAG